CGGCGCUGCGAUGGAGAACUGCCCGAUUUGCCUCGAGGACCUAGACGGCGCGUCGCCCGUCCUACCCUGCGGCCAUCGGUGCCAUGCCAGCUGCCUGGGGCAGCUGGCCGACGCGAAUGGAUGGGCAGCUACCCGGCGUGGCACGGUGAUACCGUGCCCCAGCUGUCGCAAGGAGUCGCGAGUCGCCGCCCCGACGCCCGUCGCAGCGUUUGGCGUCGGCGACGAGGUCUACGCGUUGUGGGGGCACAGAUGGUACCCCGGCGUCGUGGAUGAGGUGCUUGAGGACGGAUACGAGAUCGCUUGGGACGAGGAAGACGCCUCCAACGAGAUUCCUGCCGCUCGUGUCCGCGCGCGAGUUCCGGUUCAGCCCGUGCCGGCUCCAACGAACACACCAGAGCCGCCAGCCGCUCCUGGGACGGACGCGAGCGCUGCUCUACGGACGCUUGCGUUGCAGGCGCACGCGCGCGAGCAGGCCGCCGCGAACAGCGGGUCCGCGCCGGCGCCGCCCGCGCCGGUGGCUGCAGCACUGCCAAGCAAGCAAAAAAAAAACAGGCCGACCGCAGCCGUCCAACAACAACGCCUGCAGCUGACCAAGACCAUCUUCGCGGCGAGCGAGGGCUCGCUCGCCCAGCGGCGCAAAACGACCCAGCGACUGCUCGAAAAAGAACUCGCAAAAACGGGAGGCAACGUCAGGUCGAAAGCUUGGCUCCUUGUCGACGCGAUCGCGCCGAUGCGUGCCGGUCGUGAAACGGCACGGCCUCCGAACGUGAAAAUAUUCCUUCGGGUCACAAAACGAGCGACGCUCAGCUUCCUCACAGUCUCCCAGGACGACGUCGUCCUGCGCCUUGUGUUCAAAAGUCUCGCGCGGCCGUCCACGCGUGGUAUCGAGAAAGUGCGCGUCAUCAUGGGCCUCGGCGGCGUGCGGAGCGUCGCGACCGUUCGGGCGUUCGGUGCGUUCUUGGCGUGCAACCGCGCCAUCGUCCUGGCCGUCAACUUCGGCGGGCUGCCGAACAGGCCGGCGGAGUUCUGGGACGCCGUGCUCGACGCCCUCCGCGGCGGCGGCGUCGCCUACGUGUACGUCGGCCGCGACGACACGUCGCUCGACUUUACGGAAACGGUCAAGGCCGUGACCGAGGCGACCCGGCGGGCUCAGCUCCAGGCCUGGGCGGACGCCGGCGGCGCGCCCGAGGACGAGCCGCUCUGGCACCGCGAGGACGAGAUUGCGCGCCUAUGUCACCUGGCAGGCGGCGGCGAGGACGCCGCCUUUGGCAGGCCGUUGCCGCUCGGGUACCUGAAAGCCCCGCAGCGCGCCAAACAACGGCGGCGCGCGUCGUUCGGGGUGUGUCCGUGGAUGCCGUCGCCGCUGCACGACUUGCCGGAGUGAGGACCACCUGCAUCGGCACGACUGUGGCAGUGUACUAGUAUUACUGUGUAAGACAUCAUGUGAUAGAAAAAA